AUGAGUUCAGACACAGCGACAAUUCCCGGGCCUCCAGGACUUCCUUUCAUUGGAAACAUAUCCGACAUUGACGCCGAGAACCCGAUACAGUCGCUCUGCAACCUCACGGACACCUACGGUCCGAUAUGGAAGUUUUACAUUGCUGGCAAAGAACGUAUCGUGAUUGGCUCGCAAGCGGUGAUGGACGAGAUUUGUAAUGAGGAACGCUUCUCAAAGAUCAUCGCGGCUGCACUAAAUCAAGUUCGAAAUGGUGUACACGAUGGACUGUUCACAGCAAGAGGGCCGCAAGAAGAAAAUUGGGGAAUCGCGCAUCGCGUACUACUUCCUCAGCUGGGUCCAUUGGCCAUUCGCAAUAUGUUUCCAGAGAUGCACGACAUUGCUUCCCAACUCGUCAUGAAGUGGGCGCGUCAUGGACCUGACCAUAUAAUCAAAGUCACCGACGACUUCACUAGGCUAACUUUGGAUACAAUCGCGUUGUGCGCGAUGGACUACCGCUUCAACUCAUACUACUCAGAAAAUAUGCACCCUAUGAUCCAGGCAAUGGCAGAUUUCUUAAAGGUCAGUGGAGUGCGUGCACGUAGAGAUGUAGUCACGCAGAUGUUCUACCGCGCAGAAAGCCAGAAGUACCAAGACGAUAUCGAGCUGCUUCGAAAGACAAGUUUUGACGUCAUCAACACACGAAAGCAGAACCCCACGGACAAGAAGGAUCUGCUCAACGGCAUGCUGAAGGGCGUGGAUCCGAAGACUGGAAAGACAAUGACCGACGACAGCGUGGUGGACAACAUGAUUACGUUCCUGGUCGCCGGCCACGAGACCACUUCUGGGCUCCUUUCAUUCACAUGGUACUAUCUCUUGAAGAACGCUGCAGCGUACGAGGCAGCACAACAGGAGGUUGACAACGUGAUCGGCAAAAAUCCAAUCACCGUUGAUCAUCUCACGAAGCUACCAUACCUUAACGCGGUGUUGCGUGAAUCGUUACGCCUGUCGCCAACAGCUCCAUCUAUUGCUCUUACCGCAAAGGAAGAUACUAUUAUCGGCGGCAAAUAUCCGGUCAAGGCGAAUGUACCCCUGCUUGCCCUCUUCACCAAGAUUCAUCGAGAUCCCGCUGUGUAUGGAGAGGAUGCUGAAGAGUUCCGACCUGAGCGAAUGUUGGAUGAGGAGUUCAACCGCCGCAAUGAAGAAUUUCCGAACUGCUGGAAGCCGUUUGGUAACGGUAUGAGAGGAUGCAUUGGCCGGCCCUUCGCCUGGCAGGAAGCUCUCUUGGUGAUGGCGAUGCUCCUGCAGAACUUCAACUUCUCCAUGGACGACCCCUCGUACCAACUCCAGAUCAAGCAAACACUCACGAUCAAGCCUAAGGAUUUUUACAUGCGCGCAAACCUCCGAAGCGGCGUAUCUGCUACUGCCCUUGAGCGUUCCCUCGCUUCAGCUACACUGAAUGACCCUCCACCCGCGAACGGUACACCGCAAGUGCGCAAAGAGAAGCUUGCGAAGGGUAAGCCAAUCUCUAUCUACUACGGAUCGAACAGUGGCACCUGCGAGGCACUUGCGAACAGACUGGCUAGCGACGCUGCAAACCACGGAUUCAGGGCUGACGUGGUCGAUACUCUGGAUACGGCCAAGGACAAUCUGCCUAAAGACAGGCCAGUGGUUAUAGUAACAGCGUCGUAUGAAGGACAGCCAGCUGACAAUGCGACGCACUUUGUGCAAUGGGUGGGGACGCUGAAAGAGAACGAGCUCAAGGAUGUCUCGUAUGCUGUGUUUGGCUGCGGACACCGAGACUGGGCGAAGACUUUCCACAAGGUACCCAAGUACCUCAAUCAGGAGUUAGAGAAGGCAGGCGGUAUUCGUCUUGUGGACAUGGGCACUGCCGAUGCAGCUCAAGGAGAUAUCUUUACCGAGUUCGAGACCUGGGAAGAUCGAAUCUUCUGGCCUACCGUGCGAGAGAAGUAUGGCUCAUCCGAGGCUGAAGGGGAAGGCUCUUUGGAAGCAACACUUGAUGUGGAGAUCUCAACACCACGGUCUUCGACACUGCGUCAGGAUGUUCGCGAGGCCCGCGUCGAAGAAGUCAAGGUGCUCUCCGGCUCAGAUGUCUCCGAAAAAAGACAUAUCGAGAUCAGUCUACCUUCGGAUAUGACCUACUCGGCAGGUGACUAUCUUGCCAUACUCCCUCUCAACCCCAAAGAGAACAUCCAUCGAGCCAUGAGAUAUUUUGGCUUGUCUUGGGAUAGUAUGCUCACGAUUUCCUCGCCUGGACCCACCACCUUGCCCAUCGACCAGCCUAUCAGUGCUAUUGAUGUCUUUGGCGCUUACGUUGAGCUCGCACAGCCGGCCAGCAAACGCAACGUGCAUGCACUGGCAGAUGCAACCCGUGACGAGGCUGCACAGAAGGAGCUCUCAUGCCUUGCGGACGAAAGCUUCUCGGAAGAGAUCACAGCCAAACGGGUGUCGGUGCUGGACUUGCUUGAGCGAUUCCCUUCUGUGCAACUGCCUUUGGGUGUCUUCUUGAAGAUGCAGCCACCGAUGCGAGUUCGCCAGUACUCUAUUUCAUCCUCGCCGCUCUGGAAGCCAAACAAUGUCACGCUUACGUAUGGUGUUGUUGAUCAGCCAGCGUUCAGUGGCCAGGGACGAUUCGUAGGUGUUGCGUCGAACUACUUGUCACAUCUUGCGACUGGCGAUAAGCUACAUGUCAGCGUUCGAUCGAGUCAUCAGGCAUUCCAUCUACCCAAAGAUUCGAAGAACGUGCCUGUCAUUAUGAUCGCUGCUGGCACAGGUCUUGCGCCAUUCCGUGGUUUUAUCCAAGAACGCGCCGCUCAGCUUGCAGCCGGUCGUGAACUUGCACCAGCCUUGCUGUUUUACGGCUGCCACGGCCCUGACAGCGACUUGCUGUACGCCGAUCUUCUCAAACGCUGGGAACAGCUUGGCGCUGUUUCUCUCCGCUUCGCAUUCUCUCGCGCCUCUGAUCAAUCCGAAGGGUGCAAGUACGUCCAAGAUCGCCUCUACCACGACAAAGAGGAUAUUGUUGAGCUUUUCGAUGCUGGCGCAAAGUUCUUCGUGUGCGGUAGCAGGGAUGUAGGCGACGGCGCCCAGGAGACGUUGAUUAAGAUUGCAAAGGAGACGAAGAUGAAGAAGGAUGGUAAGGAAAUGGAUGACCAGGAAGAACGAGAAUGGCUCGAGAGAUUGAGGAAUGAAAGGUUUGCGACGGAUGUUUUCGCUUAA